AUGUGUCCGGAUAUCAACUCCCUUCCACCAUCUCGCUCAUCAUCCUCUUCAUCAUCCCUGCCAUACCGUAACCUUCCCCCCAGCUCCCCAGGAACUGCCCCCGCACCAACAAACCCCAGCAAUACUACGACCAUCUCUCCUCGACCUUCCCGUGGAUCUAGCGCGGGCCGAUUAUCAGUAUCUGGAAGACGUCAAUCAGCUGCAGGAAUGAAUACACACCAGAACGAGGGGCCAGCUGCUACUACCCCGGGAAGCCACGGUGAAGGACCCUGGUCAGAGCACCGCUCCUCUAUCGGGCAUGCAUUUCGCACAGCCAGUCCCACCAGCCACGGUGGGAGUCCUGUAUUCGCAACUGCAGACCCACACCAUCAACGGGCACCUUCUUUAGGAGAACUACAUCAGGAACUGGAACAGGAGCAAGAAGCACAAGUGAACCGUCUCCUCCAGCUGAUUCGCAGCCAACAAGCCCAGCUACACCAAUAUCAACAAUCCCACCCAGGAACAAGCACUGCAAUCGUCGACGAGCCCUCCUCAGCAUCUGAACGAUCACCAUCUUUCUCUCUCCCCAUGCCCCCGCCAAUAGCACCAAGUCGACUUUCCAUUUCCUCAGUCUCAAACCGUCGAUCAUCCCGUCCGUCAAGCCAAGCAACAUCCCCAAGUCUUCCACCUCAAGAUUCCUUACGAUCAAUGGGAGUAGAUGGCACGGAAGCAUUCCCCACAUUACGCGAUACAUCACGCCGAGGAAGUAGAGAUGAAAGUUCAUAUUACCAAGCCGAAGCAUCAAUGCUAAGUCGAGAGAAUCAAAUGCUUCGACAACGAGUCCGUGAACUAGAACGUCAGAUUGGUGACUUGACGACGUCCCGUGUAUCCGCUUCCCCGGGUACAACGCCUGCACCUACAACGGGUGAGGCGUCAGGGCCAGGGCAAGAGGGGGCCGAAACCGAAACGGUGGACCCGCCUACUGCAGAGGAGAGAUCGGCGGAUAGAAAGGAGUGA